AUGCGUUUCAUUUGUAUACCAGUCCUUUCGCAUAUGGUAGCCAUUGCUGGGUAUGCGCUUUUGAAGGUCAAAGCUGCUAAAAUGGCGGCUGCUGUCGCUACAGCUGCUGCUGCUGCCAAGGCGCCAGCUACUGUCAAAGCAACAACUGCUAGUCUGUCACUACCAGCUGGCGUGCUCUCUUCUCUUUUCUUAUUGUCAACGACACCAAUUGGCUAUUCACCCUCCGCCGCAAUGCUUUCCUUACAUGUACAUACCACUUUAUUCGCCAUUCUUACCGUUCUAACCCUAAUUUUAUUCCCGUUACUGCCGUGCAUCUCGCAUGGGAUCAGUUUAUGGGCACAUAAGUCUGCUUUCUUGAAUAUCGGUACUAUCCUGCCCAAAGUAGCACCCCCUCCAGGUAUCCUUCAUCUGUUUGCGACCACAACAGCACCAGUUUUACUUGGGCUUGGGCUAAGCAAGAUCGUGUCUCGGCGAUGGGCUGCAAUUUUAGGAUUCUGCGCCCUUCCUGUGGCAUGGACAAGCUCUCUUUUGUUGCUUGCAUCGGCAGUGAUUGAGGUGGUAGCAGGUAAUGCAACUGGGCUAGCUGGGAGUGUUGGACUUUGUGGGGGCGUCGUGUUGAUGAUGAUGCUGGUGGGCCGUGCUUUAGGGUCAGCCCUUCUUCUUGAUGGGAGGGCCAAGCGAACUCUUAUAUUAUAUUUAUGCACGCAAGGUACUGUCAUUGGAACAGGCAUCGCUCCCACUGGAUUUCCCUCGGCACCGCUUGUGGCUUCGACGCUGGUCGGUCUCAUAUUUGCGGUGGUCAUGGGAAGAGCAUGGAGCCAUGUUGUCAUCAGGACAAACAAUACUACAAUUCCAUAG